AGACGCACGCAAGGCGCUUUCACUGGGCCAGCAAGGUUCCCUCUGUUGCAACAACUCGCGUGCAAAAGCAUGCAUGUCAAGAUGCAUCUAGUCAAGUUCUUCCUGGCUACUUGCCUUUCUCAGGCAUGGAAUGCUUCCGCACGACCACGCCCCCAGGCUGAAGAGGCAUGCACCCCUCAUGAUGACCAUUGGCAUUGUCCUCCUGGUGUGCAGCCGCCCACCACGCCUCCUGGUCAACCUACUGCGCAACCCCAGCCAACUAUCACCGCUGCCCCAGCAACAACUUGCUUCCCUACCACCACCGCAGUUCCUCAAUUGGUAACUCUCAAGACGAACCUGGAGGACUCCAGAACCUUCCUUCGGUACAUGAAUCCAAAGUACUCAACCUCGGGUGCGGUUUUCUCAGGUUACUCUGUUCUCUGGUAUUCCUCAGAGGGCACGUACACUCGAAGCACCGGCGUCAUAACUGUUACCAACACUUUGUUCUACGAUUCCAACGCCUUGUCGUCCGAAGGAUACGAUAUCACCACCAAGACAUCCACACGGACGACUUGCAUCACCCGAACCACCGAUAGUCCAACAGGAACCUGUUCUCCUCACGGAGAUCACUGGCAUUGUCCCCCGGGAGUUGAAGAGCCAACUACACCUCCUCAGCAGGAACCCACGGGAACUUGUUCGCCCCAUGGGGACCAUUGGCAUUGCCCUCCUGGAGUCGAAGAGCCUACGACGCCUCCUCCACAGGAGACAACAACAUCUCCCCCGAAGGAGCCCACAGGAACUUGCUCUCCUCACGGUGAUCACUGGCAUUGCCCUCCUGGAGUUGAACAGCCAACAACACCUCCGCCGCAGGAGACUACAACUACCCCAAAAGAGCCCACAGGAACUUGUUCCCCUCAUGGAGAUCACUGGCACUGCCCGCCAGGAGUUGAAGAGCCAACUACGCCGCCCUCACAGGGGACGACAACUCCCCCAAAGGAGCCAACGGGAACCUGCUCUCCUCAUGGUGACCACUGGCAUUGUCCCCCAGGUGUGGAGGAGCCCACCACACCUCCCCCGAUCAUCACGUCCAAGUCAACUGUGACCACAGGUAAGGAUGAACCUACGGGAACUUGUUCCCCCCACGGAGAUCACUGGCAUUGCCCCCCUGGGGUUGAGGAGCCUACGACUCCUCCUCCUAUCAUCACUUCCAAGUCAACCGUGACUACGGGUAAGGAUGAGCCCACAGGAACCUGCUCUCCUCACGGCGAUCACUGGCAUUGCCCCCCUGGCGUCGAAGAGCCUACAACUCCUCCUCCCGUCAUUACAUCCAAGACAACCAAGACCACAGGCAAGGACGAGCCCACUGGUACAUGUUCCCCUCAUGGUGACCAUUGGCACUGCCCCCCUGGUGUCGAAGAACCUACAACACCCCCACCUGUCAUCACAUCUAAGUCGACUGCCACGACGGGCAACGAUAAGCCAACAGGAACUUGCUCCCCCCAUGGCGACCAUUGGCAUUGCCCUCCAGGUGUAGAGGAACCCACAACACCACCCACUCAGGAGUCUAGCACAAAGCCCUCUCCUACAGGUGGUAACAACGGGUGCACUCCCCACGGUGACCACUGGCAUUGUCCUCCCGGUGUGGAGGAGCCUACCAACCCACCCGCCAAACCCACCAGCGGUACGAACCCGUCCCCUACAGGCAGCACCGAGUGUACAGCUCAUGGCGACCACUGGCACUGCCCACCAGGUGUUGAAGAGCCCCCCUUCCCUCCUGGUCAAGGCUCCGACAAUGGAGAUGGUGAUGAUGAUGGACACAAUGGCGGCCAAGACCCAGGAGAGUGCGUUGCUCAUGGAGACCACUGGCACUGCCCCGAUGGAGUCGAGGAGCCUCCUUUCCCUCCCGGCCAAGGUUCUGACAACGGAAACGGUGGCGAAGAUUCUGGGGAGUGUGUCGCUCAUGGUGAUCAUUGGCACUGUCCUGAUGGAGUCGAAGAGCCCCCCUUCCCUCCUGGUCAAGGCUCUGGUAACGGAGAUGGUGGUGACGGCGGACACGACGGAGGCCAAGACUCGGGAGAGUGUGUUGCUCACGGCGACCACUGGCAUUGCCCCGAAGGCGUUGAGGAGCCUCCUUACCCCCCAGGACAAGAGCCUGGUGGUGAUGGUGAUAACUCGAGCGGUCACUCUGGCAGCGAUGACGGUGCCGCCGGUGAGUGUGUUGCUCACGGUGACCACUGGCAUUGUCCUGAGGGAGUCGAAGAGCCCCCUUACGCUCCGGGAGAAGAACCAGGCAACCAGUCCGGCUCUGGUGAUAACCACGCUGGUGGCGAUGCCGAGGGUACUGAGUGUGUGGCUCAUGGCGAUCACUGGCACUGCCCCGAAGGAGUUGAAGAACCACCCUACGCUCCAGGAGAAGAGCCUGGUAAGGAGGCCGGCUCUGGUGAUGGCUCCGGCGAUGGCUCCGGCGAUGGCUCUGCUACUGAGUGCGUUGCCCACGGCGACCACUGGCAUUGUCCUGAAGGCGUUGAGGAGCCCCCUUAUGCCCCAGGAGAAGAACCAGGUAACGAAUCCGGCGGCGAUGGUGGCCCUAGCGGUGAUGCUGGAGCCACAGAAUGUACCGCACAUGGAGAUCACUGGCACUGCCCUGAGGGAGUUGAAGAACCUUCUUACGCCCCCGGAGAAGAGCCAGGUCAUGAGUCCGGCUCUGGCGAAGGUGCUUCUACUGAGUGUGUAGCUCACGGCGACCACUGGCAUUGCCCGGAGGGAGUUGAAGAACCGGCUUACCCCCCGGGAGAAGAGUCAAGCAGCCAAUCUACCUCUGGUGGUGAGCACACAGGCGAUGGUGCUUCUGCGGAGUGUGUCGCACAUGGCGACCACUGGCAUUGCCCUGAGGGAGUCGAAGAGCCCGCUUACCCUCCAGGACAAGAGCAGUCCAGCUCUGGUGAUGAGGCUGAAGCCACCGAGUGUGUCGCGCAUGGCGAUCACUGGCACUGUCCCGAGGGAGUCGAAGAGCCCUCGUACCCCCCUGGAAGCGAGUCUCAGGCUGCCGUCCCAAGCCCAACUACGCUGGUCACCGUACCUGAACCCACCGCGACUGAGGAGUCGCCUGUUGUUGUAACGGGUGCAGCCAGCCGAUUCGUUUCUCCAGCUCUUUCGGCAUGGGUUGCUAUCUUGGUUGCCGCAAACCUGCUCUGA